ACUAUCUCGGUCGCCUUGGAGUGUUCUGACCAACAGCGCUAUAUCUCCUCACGUUUCGUUUUCUCAUACAUUACACAUUCAAACAGACACAUUGAUCAAACAUUUUUUUUUCGCAAUAUUCGCUCACUCGUUAUUGCGUCACCCAUCAAAAGUCUACAACUCCUUCGCUGAAUCACCGCCGCUUUGGACUCGUCGACAAGUUGUUGAGGAGAAAGGGUCGCAAUCUUCAGCUGCGUCCAGCAUCAUCGUAUUGUCGCACCAUGAAGACCAGUCACGUCCUUCACAUUCAGCUGCUCGUCGUUUUUGUCGUCUUGAGGACAGUCACUUCCGCAUCUUGGUUUGAUCCCGAUCGCUGGCGUUACGGCAAGAAAACGUGCAAAUGUUCUUGUGGCAUCUCGAGAAAAGACGAGCACCGGAUCGUCGGCGGACGUCCAACCGAAGCCUACGACUACCCAUGGAUGGCCGGCCUUCUCUACAAAGGCGCUCUCUACUGCGGUGCCACUCUCAUCAACGACAGAUAUGUCGUCACGGCUGCCCACUGUGUCGACGGGUUGGACAUGGAAUCGAUUCACGUGUUGCUCGGGGGACACGAUCUGGAGAACGUCAAAGAAGAAGAGCUGGAAUUGCGAGCCGUCGUGCGAAUGGUGAAACAUCCGAAUUUCGAACCUAAAACCUUCAACAACGACAUUGCCAUUUUGCAAUUCGACGAACCGAUCCCGUUCUCUCGGUUAAUUGGACCCGUCUGUCUCCCCCAAUCAGAUAUUGACUAUGCGGGCAAAGUGGCCGUCGUGACCGGGUGGGGACGAGUCAACGAGACGGGCAACAUUUCGCCGAUCCUGGCCCAAGUGGAAGUGCCCAUCUACACGAACGAAGCCUGCCAAAAGACCAAAUAUGGAAAGCAGGCCAUCACCGAGAACAUGAUGUGCGCCGGAUACGACCACGGCGAACUCGACGCCUGUCAGGGAGACAGUGGCGGACCUUUGCAUCUGGAAGGCAAAGACCGCAAGAUUGAUUUAAUCGGCGUGGUGUCCUGGGGCCAAGGAUGCGGAAGAGAAGGAUACCCCGGUGUCUACACGCGUAUGGGGCGCUACUUGAAAUGGAUUGCCGAAAAUACGCCCGACGCAUGUUAUUGUGGUCGCCGUCAAGGGCGGACGGGCGAUUAGCAGCACGCAAAAGAGAAGACAAGCGGAACUGCAGUAGACCAAGCUUCAUCCGGCCGAGUUACCAAAACCCAGUCUGCACAACCAACCAAACAGUAUAAUGCGCCGGCCGUCAAUGACACGAUAUUCAGCCGCGGCCCAGCAGCAGCUGACAUUUUCACGCGUCGGUCCAAAGCGGCAAAUAAUUGCAGACGCUUUCUCCCUAUGUGUGUAGCAGCCGACAUUCUGGUGGAGAAGGGUGGCGGCUUCAGCAGACUUUUCCACAUGUCUGCCCCGCCCCAUCUUCCUAAUUUUAAUUUUUGGUUUUUUGUACAACCGGUUCAUUCGAUUUUUAGACGGCGAGGCCCUUUUUUUUAAUUUUUCUACAUUUGUUGGAUGACACUAAAUAGCUUCCCCUUUUUUUAAUUGUUGCUUAUCAUUUUUUGAACGGAAUGUCGACUAACAUUCCCCCCCAUCCCGACAGCGGCGACGUUUUUUGAAUUCUAAGAAUUCCAUGGUUCGUUCUAGUCCAACUAAGGCCUCUGAUCUCCAGCAUGCUGAAAAGUUUUGUUACAAAGAACUUUCCCUGUGGCGUCUUUUUUCAUUUGAAGAACACGUAUUUUCUGUACGUGUGAGGCUCUUCUGUAAAUACAUCACAAACCAUUACGUUUCACGACGGCGCCCGGGGAAAUUGAUGAUUAGCAAAUCCGUUAUUUUCCUUUUCAUCUCUGAAUUACGACACGUUACGCACGUCGCCUCGCUUUAACCAACGUUAUGUUUUGUUUGCUGUUUUUUUUUGCACUUGUUGUAUAGAUCUAACUGUAGUUUUCUAAAAAGGAUGUAGCUCAAAGGGAAAAUGCACAAUAAACGAACAUUUAGUUGA